UCUCCCAUGGAUUACGGCGGCGGCGCCUCCCCGGAUCACUACGGCGGAGGCGGAGGAGGAAGCAUACGCCUGGUCUGCGACAACUGCGGCGCGGCGGAUAAGUACAACCCCGACGACGCCGAGGACGGCUUCUUCUCGUGCCGCCAGUGCUCCGUCGUCCACACCUCCACCCAGGCGACUGCCGCGGACCCCGACGAUUUCCAAGCCACCGGCACCAUGUCCUUCCGCCGAGUUAGCCAAGCCAACAAAACCCCCAAAUCCCGUACCCCCGCACCCUAACCAACCCCUUACCCCACUCGGCAGCCCCCUGCUGCGACUGAGACUGACUUCGAGGAGCCGCGCGACUUUGUUGUUGGCGCCAAGGCUUGGGACGAGCCAGAGGAGCUGGGUGCUCGGGUCCGGUGGCGCUACGUGCAGGGGCUGCAGGUGAUCCUGCAACAGCAGCUGGAAGUGCUGGUCAAGAGGUACCGGGUGGGCGCGCUUGUCUGUGGCCUGGCUGGAACUAUCUGGGUGCGGUGGGUGGCUACCUCCAAGGUGUUCGACGAAAUUUGGGCGCGGAAGGUGCUCGUGGAGGACGAGGCUGUGCAGAGACUGAAGUGCUCUGCCAGUGGAGGUGUCAGUUUACUCUCUUGUUCAGUUCAUACCAUUGAAAGACCAGAGCAAAGUUAGAUAUAUAUGUGUAUCUUUUGUGUGCAGGCGAACAGAAACCUCAAGAGGUGAAAUGUGAAUGGGGGGGGUGAAGCCUUGCCACGCAAAGACAGGCGAAGGGUUGAGUUCAUCUUUGUGCGCUCAUUGAGAACGAUGCUGCCACUGUACUCAACAUUGUCUGUAUGUUUCCUGGCAUGUCAUAUUGCCCGGGAAGCCAUCCUACCGACUGACAUCUAUAGGUGGGCAAUGGAGGGUAAGCUUCCUUAUAUGGCAGCAUUUACCGAAGUGGACAGGCUUCUUGGGAGCUCUGUAAAACACUGCCCUUUGAGUGCAAGACAACUAUUCAGACCAGUCCGAGUGAUUGGAACAUGGCAACUGGAAGCUGCAGCUGGGUCCAUUGCACAACGAAUAGGAUUGCAGCUUCCUUCAGUUAAUUUCUAUGCUAUUGCUCAAUGCUACUUGAAUGAGUUGUCUCUGCCGAUAGAAAGAAUCCUCCCUCAUGCUUGCCGCAUCUAUGAGUGGGCAUUGCCUGCAGAACUAUGGUUGUCUAGUAAUCCAUUAAGGGUCCCCACACGGGUCUGUGUAAUGGCUAUACUAAUAGUGGCUCUAAGAGUUCAGUAUAACAUCCAUGGUCAAGGGAUAUGGGAGGAGAUUUGUGAGACAGGAAGAAAUGCAGAUGGGUCUGAUCCUGAUGAGAAUUUACCACCAUCUAUGAGGCCUGAAGGCGGCACUAGUGAGGAAUUUGGCACAAGGGAAUUGCUAUGCACUCUUGCAAGUGCCUAUGAUAAAAUUGAUGUUGCGCAUGACUAUUCAAAGGACCUUCACUCUUAUCUCAAGUACUGCAAAGAUAUUGUUUUCCCUGGGAUUGCAUGUUCAAUUGAAGAGGAUCACUUAAUAGAGAUCUUUCAGGAUAUGUACAAAGGACGAGAGGAUGGGAAUCCAAAAGCUCGCAUGGAGGAAACGCAAACCACGAAUGGAGUGAUGAAUAAACGAUGUCGGGAUGGAACUUCUGUUGGUGCAAGGAGCAUUUCUGCAUCAUCAUCAGGGAUCCAAAGGAUCAAGUCGGAAAUGGAAGAUCAUGGGUUUUGUUAUCUGCCGCCAAGGAAGUUGCUUAGAUCAAAUGGCUACCUUCACUAUAGAAGGAAGACAAUAACCGGUAGUCUUGUUUGCAUCGGACAUGCUGAUUAUUACGUGCUGAUACGCUCAUUUGCAAAGCUUGCAGAAGUUGAUGUUAGGGUUCUGCAUACCAGUGUGCUAAAACUUGAGAGGAGACUUGCCUGGAUAGACGAGCGGAUAGGCAGAAGCUUGGAUGCCUUGCAGAAUCCACCUAUUAGCUAAGUUUUCUUUUUCUUUUUCCAUCUACCUAGUUAAGCUAAUGAUGCAUGAAAGUCGUGUUUCUUUUUCGAGCAAAAGGAAAGGACAUGUUGUUUUCACGCUGAAGGUUUGAUGGAUUGUUGUAAUGUGGUGAGUCAGUAUAAGAAGCUUUUUUUUUGCGGGGCA